AGUGCCAGCAGCUUCUCUCGACCGUCUUUUCGUCGUCCAUCGGAAAGAAGUUUUGAAUUAAGUUUCCACUUCAAUUGGAUCAUAAUCAGGAAGAAUUUAUUCUUCAAAAUGAUGGUGUCUUCUGUGGUUAUGUUGCUUCUGGUGACAGUUUUAUAUAAUCAAGCUAAUAGUGCUGGAAUACCCACACCUCCUACCAAAAUGUCUACGUCAAGUUCACAAGUUCAAAAUGGAAACCCCAUCAAGAGGGAUGCAACUAACAAUUUGGACCACAAAAUCCAAUCUUUGAUAGAGUCAAUAGUGCGCAUGGAGAAUUCCAUACAAAAUUUACAAGAAAAAUCCCACACCUGGUCUAUUUUCCAACAUCACAUUGAAUCAUGGAAUGAUGGUUUGAGAACUGUGGAAAAUAAAUUGGAUAUACUAAAGCGUUCCCAUGACGAUCAACAGGAUGUGCUUAAUAAACUCGAUCUUUCGCUCAUCACGGCUCAAGAAAAUGCAGCACUCAUGGAUGAAAUAAGGGAUACCCUCCAGAAGGAUCAAAGUCUUCAAGUCGAGUCUUCAUCCAAAGUCAAUAUGAUAUGGCGUCAUUUGCAAACAAUGCAAAACAAUGGUGGUGGCAAACAAAAAGGUGGAAGUUCUUCCUCAUCAUCGUCUACGCCAUCGAAUAAGAAAAAGGGAAAUUUGAUGGUAUCCGAAUCAUCUUCAUCCUGCAAUGGAACUGGGAAAUUACUGCACACCAUUAUCCAUCAAAUGGCUCAACAGAAGGAUCUUAAACAAUUACAUUCUGUGGAUAAGCGUAUUGGUAAAAAUUUGGAAACUUUAACGCAAUCUCUGCCCCAUGUCUUGGAUAAACAAGACGAAAUGGUUAUGCGUCUACAACGAUCCAAUGAAUGUUGUUACUCCUUAUCCAGCGAAUUGACCACAUUCACCGAGAGUUCCGAUAUACUUUUGAAGCGUAUCGAACGACUUAUAAAUAAUGUCAGCGAAAAGUUAAAUAGAAUAGAACAACUUCAAAGUAGCAGCAGCGAAGAGUUGGAGGAGGACAAUACCAAAGAAAAUGCAGAGGAAGAAAGUCAUGUUGGCGACAUGAGUGGGAUAUUUGUUGAUGUCAGUGAAGCUAUGGAUCAUAGUAAUGAAUCGUCAAUGGAAAGCGUUGAGGUGGAAUCUAUGGAUGAACAGGAGGAGGAAACAGUUACUGCAGUCAAUUCUUUCGAUUCAAAUGAGUCACAAACUGAAUUGUACGGACAGGAUGUUGAAUUCAUAAGACCUGAACUUGGCGGCUGUCAUGAAUUGAAUAUAGACUAUGAUGAAACAGAUGAUGAUGCAUCCACACGCUUAGAUGGAAUCUAUAAAUUUGCUAGUCCCGAAAUAAACGAACUGGAAAGGGAUUUUAACGAACGACUUUGUGUAUUCCCAACGGAGAAUAGUACUGGCGGUUUGCCUUGGACUGUCAUCCAGCAGCGUGUGCCAUCAUUGCUGCAGGAAAGUUUUAAUCGUUCUUGGCUGGAAUAUCGCAAUGGUUUUGGUCAUUUGCAUAAGGAUUUCUGGUUUGGCAAUGAAUUUAUUCAUCGCCUAGUGUAUCCCGAAGACUAUGAAUUACGCAUCGAAUUGGAAGAUUUUGAAGGCAAACAAGUUUGGGCUGAAUAUGGCAUUUUUCGCAUAGAUACGGAGAAGUAUAACUAUAACCUAUUGAUUGGCGAUUAUCGAUCUACCAGCACGGUGGCUGAUGCUAUGAAAUAUCACAAUGAUCAUGAUUUUAGUACAUACGAUAAACGCAACGAUAACACUGUGGAUGCAUGUUGUUCCUGUGCAGUGGGCUAUGGUUCUGGUUGGUGGUUUGAUAAUUGUUCCGAGGCAAAUCUAAAUGGUAUCUAUCAUUUCACACCCAUGGGUCAUAAUUACAAUGGCGUUAUGUGGGAGUUAUGGCAUGGCGAUUAUUCGUUGAAAAAAACACGCAUGAUGGUGCGUCCCAGGAGUAAUAACAACGAAAGCAUUGAUUCACCUCAAAAUCAUGAGAGCAAAGGCAAUGAGGAUCCUUAAAUACUUUAAGUUAUAACAUUUUAAUUUUUAAUCAUUUUUAUCAUUUUAAUUUUUUCAAAACAAUAUUAUUAUUAACCAGUUAGAUUGAAAUGCAAAAGGGCAUAAAAGAAAAAACUUACCUCGUAAAAUGCUAAGUGGUAAAAUAUACUCGAACUAAGUGGUAAAAUAUACU